GUGAGGAUGCAGAAUCAAUAGCAAAUGCACCUGAUAUUACUCCCGAUGAAGCUAAAAUUAUUAAGCAAAAUCCUAUACGCUCUUUCACUGAUAAUAUUGCUCUACAACGUCAUUAUUUAUAG